AUGGCGACCAAAGUCUUCAUUUUGGAGAAAUAUUUCACCGAGCUUCAGAAGUACUGGGACACCGAGAAGCGAUUGCAUGAUGCAUCGUCCCAGAAUGAAGCUGUCCAUUUGCAACAAAGACUCAAAUCACUCUCGUCGGAAUUGGUUACGUUGCGCAAGCGGCUCUCGGUGGCUCAGCCGGUCGACUCGUUCUCGGUCCCCCCGCCGCCUCCGCCGCCCCCAUUGGAUACAAAGCCGGCAACCAGCACAUAUGAAAAUAUCGGUGACAUAAAACCCAUGGCACCGUCGAUCCGCGUGGAUGGGACGAACGAGUUCGCACAAAGUCCGCCGCGGACACUGGUGGAGGUGAACGAUCUCAUCGACACGAAUGGACCCCUAACGGAAGAUUCGGUUCUGAGAACGCUGCACGCAAGAUUUUUCCAAAAGCAGUACUUUACGAACAUAGGACCGGUGCUGCUGGCGGCGAACCCCUACAACGAGCCGCGGAGUGACCUCACGCUAACUUCGAUAGCGAGCGUCAAUAACCCGGAAUUAAUGAAAGUUGUCAGAGAAGCAGCCAUUCAGCAAGCUGAAAGCGGUUUGUCACAAACCAUAAUUCUGAGUGGAGAGAGUGGCAGCGGAAAAACCUAUGCAUCCAUGGUUCUCCUCAGACAAUUAUUCGACAUCGCCGGUGGGGGUCCUGGAACGGAUUGUUUUAAGCACCUCGCAGCCGCCUUCACGGUCCUCAGGUCGUUUGGUACAGCCAAAACACUGUCCAAUAGCCAAUCUAGUCGAAUCGGUUAUUUCAUCGAAGUCCAGGCUACGGGCGGUGUUUUGUAUCACCCGAAAAUUCAUUGUUUGCUUCUGGAUCAGAGCCGUGUCGUGAGACAGCCGAAAAACGAGAAAAAUUAUCACAUCUUCUACCAGAUGCUCGCGGGGCUUUCAUAUGAGGAGAAGGAACAACUUGGCUUAGAAGAUUGCUCAGUCGAGUCUUUCAACUACCUCAACCAGGCCGAUACCCAGUGCGACACUCAGCUGGACGCUGAACGCUUUCGAAACUGGAAAUCUGGCGUGGCCGUCCUAGGGAUCCCAUAUCUUGACAUAAUGAAGACGUUGGCUGCCAUCCUAUUGCUCGGAAACAUCAAUUUCGUCGAUAAGGACGGUGCUGUCGACAUCGAGAGCGGUCGAGAAAUCAAAAAGGUUGCCGGUCUACUGAAAAUCACACCCACCGCCUUGUACUCGGCACUCACGAGGAGAAUCCGCUACGUCCACCGACAUCCGAUGUCGACGGUGUGCACCUCGGCGGAAGCGAGUGCGAGUCGCGAUGCUCUGGCCAAGGCUCUAUAUUACCGGACCGUGGCUACCGUGGUCCGGUGCGCCAACAGCCUAAAAGGAAUGAAUUCCAUGUCGGGAACUCUCAGCUCCGACAGCAACGAGUCCGUACACAACCAAGUCGAAGUGAACAGUCAGCAUGCGUCCACCGCCGGAUCGAACAGCACCAAAAAGCACAAAUCCAUGACGGUGUUGAAUUCGGCCGUGAAACACGCCACAGACGGCUUCAUUGGUAUACUCGAUAUGUUCGGAUUCGAAAACGCUCUGGAGAACCGCUUGGAACAACUCUGCAUCAAUUUAUGUGCCGAAACCAUGCAGCAUUUCUACAACAGCCACGUAUUCAAGAGCCAAUUGGACGCGUGCAAAAACGAAGGCGUCAACUGUGAUCUCCAAAUCGAGUACUCCGAUUCCGUGCCUUGUCUCAACCUAAUCUCCGGCCUGCGCACCGGGCUGUUCAUAAUGUGCGACGCUGAAUGUGCCAACGGAGGAACCCCCGAAACUUUCGUUGAAAAUAUCUCGAAUCAACACCGCAGCAAUCCCUCUUUCCUGCGGCCCGCUGGAGCUGACGCUUCGACGUUCGCUAUAAAGCACUACGCAGGGAACGUUACGUACAACGCGUCCUCUUUCCUCGAAUGCAACAGUGACGUCAUCCCCGGCGACGUCCUCUGUUUGUUCAAGAAGAACUCCGACUACCCGGAUUUCGUGACGAGUUUGUUCAAGACCGAGUUGGACGCCCUGUACGCGAACGGAGGCAAUCGGAAAUGCACGAAUUUCCGGAUCUCGCCUCUCGUCAGUUACGAUUGCAAUAGUGACGAUCCGAUCCCAACUCUCACUCAGGACUUCCACAUCCGAAUGGGAGAACUGGUGCAGAAAUUGGUGAAGGCAAAGCCGCAAUUCAUCCAGUGCAUCAAGACGAACAAGGAGGAGCAACCGAGCAACUUCGAUCGACAUUGUGUCAUGAAACAGCUGAGAGACCUUCAAGUUCUAGAAACAGUCAACCUUAUGGCGAGCGGUUAUGCCCACAGAAUAAAAUUCUCCGCCUUCAAUAGACGGUAUAGGUUGCUCGCGCCGUUCAAGUCGCUCGAGCGGACCGAGCUCAAAGCCGUUCUGGACUGCCAGCUCAUUCUGGAGUACUUCACCGAAGCUCUCAAGAAGGUCAAGCUCUCGAACGCAGCCGUUAAUUGGUCGCUCGGAGAUAAUCACAUUUUCCUAAGUGAAAACGCACGCCAACAGCUCGAGCGUUUCCGAGAACAACGGCGCCAAACCGCGGCCCGCCUAAUCCAAGGCGCAUUCCGGGAGUUUUGCCGUAAGAAGAGACGAGGUCUCUUCAGGAAGCCACUACCGAGAAUUCGAACUGAAGCCCCGAAGUCGCAACAUCCGAUUGCUUCGGCCAGGACCGCGACAUUGACCAAAACCGGGACUCUGACCAAACUGCAGGGCCGGCCGAGACCGCAGCCGAUUUCCGGGACCCCACCCCCGGAAAACGAACGCUGCGAUCAGAGACUGAUCCAACAGACUUGCGCGCUUUUCGGUCUCGAUCUCGAACAACCUCCACCGGUACCGCCGAGCAGACGUUACACCGUGACGGGCAACGCGAAAUUAGGUUACCCACAGGCGCGGGUCAUGAAGAUGAAUUUCGGUGACGGUUCGAACGCCAAACUACUCAAAGGCGAUACGGUCAUGGUCAUAGCAUCGUCUCAGAAGCGUGGCCACUUGGUCGUGGAAUUUCGCGGUCAGACCUGUCAUGUGCCCUACCAGUUCCUAGAGUUGAAACCUGAAAUUCUCUCGCCUCCGCCUGUGAACAGUCUCAUCAACACCACGUUGAUUUCCAACUAGCAAUCGAGUAUGUCCUACUCUCAAAUGUUAUCUAUGAUGGAAUAAUGUACAAUUUGUGAAUAUCGAUGAGCAUGGAGCAUUCCUUUCCAAUCAAAUGAAGACUCUCCACGUGUCGCCACUGUCAAUUGCUCGCGCAAAG